UUAAGAUCAGCUGUUCAAUUCAUUGACGUGUUUUUGCGCUGAAAUUUGUUUAUGCGUCCAGAAAUUGUUACUUCUAUUCCCGGUGCCUAAUAUAAUGUAACUUAUAUUACAUUAUAACAAAUUAAGUUAAGAGAAACGAAAAAAAUGGACCGCAAUGUGCUCCAUAGCAGUAUCCUUAGCGGAGCUUUUAGUAUUAUUUUCCAGGUAUUAUGUCGUAUUCUUACCUUUGGCAUAAAUGCUUUUAUUGUACGGAAUGUCGGACGUGAUGUGUUGGGCAUUAUGAAUGUACGUUUGCUUCUGUUGGAGAGCACUUUACUGUUUUUAUCCAGAGAAGCUUUUAACCGUGCAGGAUUGAGUGCUACUACUCAGCAACGUAACAAAUGCUCAUGGGCGCAGUUAAUAAAUCAAAUGUGGCUUACGGCACCUACAUGUAUAGUAAUAUGCAUUCCUUGCGUAUACAUUUGGUUGCAUCUGCUGUCACCUGUUGACGACCAAUACAAGCUGCAAUACCAAUUUGGCUGCUAUGCAAUGGCUUUAUCCUGUAUUGUCGAGUUAUGUGCCGAAGCCCCUAGUUUUGUAACACAAGUCUUCUGUUUUGUUCGUGUACGAAUUGUCUUGAAUACCCUACAUAUAUUAGUCCGUUCAGCUGUAUUUCUCUGGAUUGUAAUAAAUGACAAAAGUGUCGCGAUUAAUGCUUUUGCAAUAGCGCAGUUAAUGAGCACUGCAACAAUUAUAUUUGGAAAUUACGGCUUUUUCUACUUCUAUAUUCGACGACUAAAUCAACAAAAACAACAACUUGAUAAAAAAUCUACUAGUAAUGAUAUGCAAGACUUCCCCUUCACAAAAAUAAGUGAGUUUUUCCCUGGAGUUAUGAAGAAUGAGGGAAAAUUCUUCAAUACAGAACUGCAAAUUCUUACCUUAAGCUUUGUUAAGCAGGGCGUAUUGAAACAAAUCUUAACGGAAGGUGAGAAAUAUGUUAUGUCUGUAAGCCCAGUACUCAAUUUUAGUGAACAAGCUACAUAUGACGUGGUGAAUAAUUUGGGAAGCUUGGCGGCACGUUUUAUUUUUAGACCUAUUGAAGACAGUAGUUAUUUUUUCUUCACGCAAACUAUUGCUCGUGAUGUCGUUUUGUACAAACAAAGUCGGGAAAGCGUUGUACAAGCAGCAAAAGUUUUACAUAAUUUGUCGUUAGCAGUCACAUCGAUUGGAUUAUUAGCUUUAACAUUUGGUCAGAGCUAUUCUCAUACAUUACUUCUGCUCUAUGGGGGUGCUGAUUUUGUUGCCGGUGGAUUGCCUGAAAAAUUGUUACAGUGGCAUUGUUUGGCUAUUUAUUUCUUGGCAAUUAAUGGCAUAACAGAGGGUUAUAUGUUUGCAACGAAUACAAGCAGAGAUAUCGACAAAUAUAAUUACUUAAUGGCUAUAUUCUCCGUGAGUUUUCUAAUACUCUCUUAUAUUUUGACAAGCUUCCUAGGACCGGUUGGGUUUAUAUUCGCCAAUUGCAUAAACAUGUUCUGUAGGAUAUGCUACAGCACUCACUUUAUAUAUCGACAAUAUCAGCCAACAGAAUUAAUGCCACUGAAAGGUUUGUUGCCUGGUAAAUGGUUUAUCAUCACGCUUAUAAUAACUGGCUUGUUUUGUAAAUACGCAUCGUAUUGGCCAACGUCAAUUCCAGUACAUCUAUUGUAUGGAUUUUUAAGUGUUUCUUGUUGUCUGCUCGUUUGGACAAUUGAAAACAGAGAGCUGGUUAAAUUAGGUUGGCGAUAUGGACAACGAAUUAAAAGUGAUUAAAAAAACUUAUUAAAAACGAGUUAAAUAUAAACAUAGCACAAUGCCCUAUAAAUAAAUUAAUAGAAUAAAAAAGACAAUU